GCACGUGUGUACCAGUGUACCACAGUGGGCACAGUUGAUCUCAGCAGACGAACAGCGUGUUAACAGAAACCCUGUGAGUUAUAGAGACUAAUACUCGGCUCUACAAGUGAGCCGAGUUGGGGAGAGAGCAUUUAUUUUCAUCAUAAGAGUGUUAAUUCUCAUUUAAACAUCGAGAUCAUGCUCUCUUCAAUGUCUCAUCAAUUUUUCUUCAUCCUAAAAAAUUUAGUUAAAAACUAGGAGUAAAGUUUGUGCUUAGUAUUUUUGUGUUUAAAAAAAAACAUGGCAGCUUGUCAUCCACGUCCUCUCCAGCAUCUACAGAUUCAAGAUAAUUCACUCAACAUUGGCAACCACCAAAAUACACUUCAACAACAGCAUUAUCCUCCUCGUCUUCUUAAUUGGGUUUAUCUUGCAAUUGCUGAUCAAAAUCCAACUCAGCACUCUGAUCAGAGUAAAUUAUUACCAACAAUAUGGGGUAACUUUCCUACUGCUUCAACGCAUCAAACUUACAUGCAAAAAAAUUCACUGAGUCCUGGAUCCAUUCCAUUGGGAAGCAGUUUAGUCGACAGCAUUGGUGACCUUGCAGAACAUUUUAAUGAGCUUGGAUUACUUGACAGAAAACCUACCAAAAGACCACCGUCAACGUAUCUCUGUCAUUUGUGUUUUAAAAAGGGUCACUAUAUCAAAGAUUGUCCACAGGCUAGACCAAAAGGAGAAGGAUUAACUCCUUAUCAAGGAAAAAAGCGAUGUUUUGGAGAGUACAAAUGUUCAAAGUGUAAACGGAAGUGGAUGUCCGGCAACAGUUGGGCCAACAUGGGCCAAGAAUGCAUUAAGUGCCAUAUUAAUGUUUAUCCUCACAAACAGGUGAGUCUGGGGUCAUCAACAUCGACAUCCCCGUCUCACGCGUUCAACUCCUUACUCCGUUACAGACCUUUAGAGAAACCUGAUGGUCUUGAUGUAUCGGAUCAAAGCAAAGUUCAUCCACAACAUCUUUGCGAAAAGUGUAAAACUCUUGGGUAUUAUUGUCGACGUGAUCAGUAAUUUUAAAUAACUUUAACUAAUUCAAAAAAUAAAAACAAAUUUUCAAAUGUAUCGUUUUAUCAUCAUUAUUCUUAUAAAUGUUAUUAAUCUUUGUUAUUAUGAUUGAGAAAAAAAUACUUGAUGUUCACGGUUGAAUAUGUAAGAUUUAGAAAAGGGUGAAAAAUAGGGGGAGUUAAACUAAAAGUUUAGCUCGUUAGUCUACCAGCUUCUAUUUAAAGAGUUGCUAUGUUUAGAGAAACGCGGCAACUCUUGUGGUAGAAUGUCUGCUAUGUCUGUGCUAUUUAAGUACAUGAAAAUUUCAACAUUAAGCAAAUAUUUAAUUAAUAAUCAACAAAUAAUUAUUUCAAUUGUAUCAUGUAAUGUUCAAAGGAUAUUUUUGUACUUGUCAUAAUCGGCUUUUUAACUCUAUGAAGGAUUUGAACAGUUUAUACAUAGUUUUGGAAUUAUAUUCAAAAUGAUAAUUAUCACUUGGUAUAGCUGAAAAAGUAUUUUAAUAAUUCUGUAAAGAUAAAGAAAAAAUAUGCAAUGAAAAAUAUCUACUUUGUAGACUGAUUAAGGACAAUAAUGAUGAAAUACUGAAACUGGUAUUGUUUGAAAUGUAUUUUAUACUCUCCGCGGGAAUAUUUGAUAUGUAUAAAUUUUGGUUCAACCCGCUGGUAAAUUCUGUAUAAAUUUUGCAUAUUUUUUAAAUUCAUUCUUUAAUGUAAGGAACGUAAAUAAAAUUUAGAAUGAAUUGAUUACCAUAAAAUACUUAUCAUGAACUAAGAUAAGAAUAUAUGAUCUACUUGAACGUAUUAUAUAAUGUAAUAUUUAUGUAAUAAUUACUUACAGAAAAUAUAUGCCAAAGAAUUA